GUCUCCCCACCAUGCUCAACCGUUGCGGCCGGCGUCUGUUGCUGGCGCUGGCGGGCGCGUUGCUUGCCUGUCUGCUGGUGCUCACCGCCGACCCGCCUCCGCCCCCGCUGCGGGCUGAUCGCGGCCGGCGUGCGCUACGAAGCCUGGCUGGCCCCUCCGGAGCCGCCCCGGCCCCGGGGCUGGGGGCGGCGGGGGCGGCGCAAGGAGCGUUGGCCCGCGAGGUGCACAGCCUGUCCCAGUACUUCAGCCUGCUGACCCGCGCGCGCAGAGACGCAGGCCCGCCGCCCGGGGGCGCCUCUCGUUCCGUUGACGGCCACCCUCGGCCCCUGGCCGAGCCUCUCGCGCCCCGGGACGUCUUCAUCGCAGUCAAGACCACCAAAAAGUUUCAUCGCGCGCGCCUCGACUUGUUGCUGGAGACCUGGAUCUCGCGCCACAAGGAAAUGACAUUCAUCUUCACGGACGGGGAGGAUGAAGCCCUGGCUAGGCACACGGGCAAUGUGGUCAACACCAACUGCUCAGCUGCCCAUAGCCGCCAGGCCUUGUCCUGCAAGAUGGCCGUGGAGUACGACCACUUCAUCGAAUCAGGGAGGAAGUGGUUCUGCCAUGUGGACGAUGACAACUAUGUCAACCUUCGUGCUCUGCUGCGGCUGCUGGCCAGCUACCCACAUACACAGGACAUUUACAUUGGCAAACCCAGCCUGGAUAGGCCCAUCCAGGCCACAGAGCGGGUCAGCGAGAACAAGGUGCGUCCUGUCCACUUCUGGUUUGCCACGGGUGGUGCUGGCUUCUGCAUCAGCCGUGGGCUGGCCCUGAAGAUGAGCCCAUGGGCCAGUGGGGGCCACUUCAUGAGCACUGCUGAGCGGAUCCGGCUCCCUGAUGACUGCACCAUCGGUUACAUCGUGGAGGCCCUGCUGGGCGUGCCUCUCAUCCGAAGUGGCCUCUUCCACUCCCACCUGGAGAACCUGCAGCAGGUGCCUGCCUCUAAACUUCAUGAGCAGGUAACCCUGAGCUAUGGCAUGUUUGAGAAUAAGCGAAAUGCUGUCCACAUGACAGGGCCCUUCUCAGUGGAGGCUGACCCAUCCAGGUUCCGCUCCAUUCACUGCCAUCUGUACCCGGACACACCCUGGUGUCCCCGCACUGCCAUCUUCUAGCAGCCAUAGUUGAGACCCUAUCCCUGGGUGCCCCUGGUAUCCAAAGGGCCCAGGGACCCUGUUGUGUUGCCCUGGCCUUGGCAUUCGAGGCUCUCCCAGGGCUGUGCCUGCACGCACAUGUGUGUGUGUAUGUGUGUGUGUGUGUUGUGUGCCCGCCUAUGCAGCAGACUGCUGGGCAGCUCUGCUCUGUGGAGGCUGGCAGAAGUGCCACUUGUCUGGCUCCCUGUGCUCCAAGGGUCUAUGGACUUCAGGGCUUGCACCUCAGAAGGAUUUGUAUGUUGGAAGUCACUCUGAGGGUAGUUGCAUUAUUAUUUUUGGAUCUUACUCUGCUCAGGGUGCUGGGCUAUGCUGCGGGGAGGUGUAGGAGUCUUUCUCUUCCUGCUGAGCACAGCGCUGUAGUGGAGUAACCCUCCCUGGAAUCCUGGAGCCCUUAGUACAGCCAAGCCAUGUUCAGUGCAAGGGAAGCUGGUUUUAGGAGUGAGUGGCCCUAGCCCCUUUCCCCUACUAAGCUCUGGCCAGGGCACUGUGGCUCAGAAAAACAGCAACCACUGCCUGGUUCCUGGGGCCCCGUGAAGUACCCCAGUGGGUGACCAAUGGCUCCCUUCUCACUGUUCCUGGGUGGGGGGUCUUCCCCAAGCUCUCAGAGGUCUUCCCUUUGUCUCCCCAGUUUUGGGUGAGUCAGAGCUGAGCUUUUUAUCUCCUCUCCAAAGUAGAGAGAAAGUCGCCCACAGUGGGCGUGUCUGUAAAUAUUGUGACAGUAUUUUUUUACUGUGCCAUUUUUGAAAAGGGGUGAGUAAAAAGUAGCGUGUUUUUGUCUUGUGUUUUCAGGGGGUGGGAGAGGGUCUUAUAUUAUGUUUUCUGUGGAUCAGAAAAAGCAGAAGCCAAACUUGGGAUCAUCUUUGUUUUUAAAGCUGAAAUGGACAUGUGUGAUGCUCUGUGUAUUUAUGUGUUCCAGUAUCUGGAAUCUCCUGUCCUGCCUCCUCUGUAGCUGCCAUUUCCCACCGGGCCCAGCUCGGUUCACCUGUCCCAUGGGGGUGUGUUUUGUUUUCUGUUUUUCUCUUUGCAAAGACAUAGCUAGGAAAGCAAAUGAUAAGGGAAAGUUCUCAGGGAAUUGAAGUGUUGUUGCUAUGGUGACGUCCUUUGCUGUGAAUAAAGGUGCUCUUUACAG